CGCUCAUGGUAAUGCUUCGCGCAGCAUGAUGGGACAGAGGUGGCCUUUCCCGGCGGAGACCUGCCUGACUCGAGAAGAGGGUGAGCUCUGCAGCGAGAGUGAGGUAUAGAGAGUUACCUCCAUCAGGUGAGACGGUACGAGGGACCGAGAGAAAGAAGUUGAGCCAAGCAGUGAGCUGAACGCCAGCCGAGCCCAGCACAUCCCCUCCGUGUGAGAGUCACCGACGAAACAUGGGGCAGAACGACAUCAUGAGCGCCGCUGAGGACGUGGCAGACCAGUUUCUUCGUGUGACAAAGCAGUAUCUGCCUCAUUUGGCAAGGCUCUGCCUCAUCAGCACAUUCCUGGAGGAUGGGAUCCGCAUGUGGUUUCAGUGGAAUGAGCAGAGGGACUACAUCGAGGCCACCUGGAACUGUGGCUACUUCCUGGCAACUUGCUUUGUUCUCCUUAACCUUAUGGGACAGCUGGGUGGCUGUGUCCUUAUUCUCAGUAGAAAUUUUGUACAGUAUGCUUGUUUUGGAUUAUUUGGCAUUAUAGCUUUACAGACUGUUGCAUACAGCAUUUUAUGGGAUGUUAAAUUUCUUAUGAGAAACUUGGCACUGGGUGGUGGCCUCCUGCUCCUCUUGGCAGAGUCUCGCUCUGAGGGCAAGAGCAUGUUUGCUGGAGUACCAACCAUGGGAGAAAGCUCGCCAAAGCAGUACAUGCAGCUGGGCGGACGAGUCCUCUUAGUCCUGAUGUUCAUGACGCUUCUGCACUUCGAUCUCAGCUUCUUCUUUAUCUUGCAGAACAUCGUGGGAACAGCGCUGAUCAUCCUUGUGGCGAUCGGUUUCAAGACCAAGCUGGCCGCCCUUACUUUAGUGGUGUGGCUCUUUGCCAUCAACGUCUACUUCAAUGCCUUCUGGACAAUCCCAGCCUACAAGCCAAUGCACGACUUUCUGAAAUACGACUUCUUCCAGUCGAUGUCGGUCAUUGGGGGACUGCUGCUGGUGGUUGCACUGGGCCCUGGGGGCGUCUCCAUGGAUGAGAAGAAAAAGGAGUGGUGAGCAGCGCGUCCUACCCUGGCCCACCUCCCCCAAAGGAAGUCUGUGCAACCCCCAAAGCUCUGUAGGCCUUUUAUUUUUUUUUUUCUUUUUGUAAUUUUAGUUGUAGAAUCCGUUUACUUGGUUUUGAGACCCCUCCACCCAACCCCCUAUUUUAUCAUCAAAAAACUGCCACUCGGACAUUUAAGAAUACUUUAUCGUCACGUACCUACGCGAAAAGACUUUGCUCCAAACAAGCGUUUCUGUUUACCAAAAGCUGGGUGGGCUUUCUUCUCUCUCGCUCUCUCCCAUGUACAGCAGAUCUGUGAAACGCUGACAAGGGGCAGUAAAAUGAGCCAACUGGUACCCCCCCACCCCCCCCAAAAAAUCCAAUUUUAGGCCCUAACCCCACCCUCUCC